ACUCAAGCACCAGCACAAAAAUCCCAACCAAAAGCUUCCUAAUAUUAACACCGACACGAUGGCCAAGCAAUCCUCCAAGCAGCCCUCCUCUUCCAAGUCGAAGGGUCAGUUUCAUCACCCCUUAACCGUCAGAAACCCAUCGGCUAACGCACCCUCCGCAGGCUCCAGCAACAAGAAGUCCAACGGGCAGAGCUCCUCCUCAAGCACCGUCCCCGUGGACCGCUCGUGGCAGAACCAGUCCUUUGACCGGAGCCAGGCGGGAGCGGGCCGCAGCGACAGCUACGGCGUCGGCAGAUGGCUGACGGAACCGUCUUGGCAGGAGCCGUUCAAUGCCAUCGCCGAGGUGCCGGUGGCCGGAUCAGCAGCGGGGUGCGUGGGCGGGCGUCAGGGGUCGGGCGCAUCGGCAACGUACGCCACGUCCCGGACGCAGCAGCAGCAGCAGCAGCAGCAGCAGCGCUGAAGCCCCU